GCAGCCUAUAAAAGCUGCAAAACAUAAGUUUGCUUAUAGUUUUCAGCUACUGACUUUGACAGUCUCAACGCUAUAUCUUCUCUAAUUGUCUCUUGCAAAAUUUGCUAUGAUGCAUCUACCAGGCCUUCCGAACGGGCACCCUCCUACCUAUGGAACAAGCUACUGUGAAGUGCAGCACCCAGCUCAGCUCCAGGAGCAUCAUCAUGCAACUGUGGGUCGUGUUUCUCCAAACAGCGAGGAGGACGACGAUAAAGUAAAGAGACCUAUGAACGCUUUCAUGGUAUGGUCAAGAAAAAUGAGGAAGAAGAUUGCUGAUGAGAAUCCAAAAAUGCACAACUCCGAAAUUAGCAAAAGACUUGGAACUCAAUGGAAAGCUCUCACUGACGAUGAGAAAAGGCCCUAUAUUGAUGAAGCAAAGAAACUGAGAGAAGCUCACAUGAAGAAGCAUCCCAACUACAAAUACAAGCCAAAGAGAAAGAAGCCGCAGCCCAUCAGACGAUUUCCGAUGGAUGUCAUUCCUCCCUAUGGCCCUGCAUUUUCAAGACCAACCACUAUAUUCCCCAGACCUGGUCAGUCUUUCUACCCUCCAGCUGGCAUGCAAAGAACUGACUCUCCGUAUGCAGUCAAAAAUUACUACCCCUCUCCAUCUUCGUAUGGUAGUACCUACUAUACUCCGGCACAUUUUUCUCCGAGACCAACCGCUUAUGACUACCCCAUUGCAAGCCAACCUCAGUGGGGGCUCUCAUCUGCCCUACCUGUGUCAACUCAAAUGAAUGGAUACUGCAGUCCUGGCAGCAUGCAAGAUUUCGAAACUCCUCUCUCUUCCUACGACUCGCCCCCUCAAGUAGGACUAACAGGUUACGUCAAUGGCUACUCCUCAGCACCUAUUGCAAGUCCGAACAAUUUCUCACUCUCAUCCUUUGCAACGUCUUGUGGUACUCCGACCUCUCCACCACAAGGAAUGUGUGGUUCUGCACUGGAUAGCCCCGUGGGCACAAACUCCCCUGUUGGCAGCGUGGACUCUUACCAGGGACCAAUUGAUUUAGUGGGUAAUCCUGAUGAUAGUGGAAUUGCAAGCCCCCAUUCGAGUGCUGAAGCCGACCUCAGCAGUAUGAUUAACGUUUACCUUGAUGAUGCGGCUGCAGAAUCAGUUGGCUCAGUUGGACUAGACAGCACGGACAGUUCUCACUUCAAGUUGCUCUCUAGCUCUCCCUGCACAGACUUUGUACCCACCAGUUCAACAUUUACAAUGUCUUCUAUUUCUACACACGAUACUACAGUUCCUCUACAGCAUUUACUGUGAGUUUGUUUUGUGGUCAUAAUUAUAUUGUUUGUUACUACCUUUCGUUUGGCAAAUUUAGUUUUCUCAAAAUAUUUUUUUGCCCCUCUUUGCAUGCACUAUUUUUGUGCUGUUGUGUAUACAAAAGCAGGUUUCUGUCAUUUACUAUAUUUGUGCACACAUCUGAGCAAGUCAUUAAGUUAUUGUGAGCUCAUUCACAUCAUCAAUCAACUCAGCCUCGGACAGAUCAAUAAUUAAGUAUUAACGUCGUGUUCUAGAACCUUUUGUACAACUGUAUGUUCAAUGUCAAUCUACUGCUCCAUCCGGAACCAUUAGUCACUUGAAUUUGUGUCAGAGAUUUAUCUCUCUUCAAUUUAUUGAUUCUGUGUGUGUAGAACAUUAAUGUUGUCUACUUGUAUUGUUGUUUGAAUAUAAUAAUUGAACAAAUCA